AGAAUAUUCGUAAUGUCACAGUUUUCAAAAUGUCAAAUAAUAACAUUAAAAUUUUCAAUAAUGAAAAAACUAAUAAUCUAACUUACUUAACAAAUUUAGUUCUAAAUGUUAAUAAAAUAAGUGAAAUCAAAUUAUCUUAUUUUGAAAAUCUAAUCAAUGUAGAACUUAAUAAUAAUAACAUAAGUUACAUAAAUAGUACUACAUUUGAAAAUUUAAGGUCACUAGAAUAUAUUGAUUUGAGUAUAAAUGAAAUAAGUGAAAUCCCACCGGGCACUUUCCAACAUUUAACAAGUCUGACGUUUUUGAACCUUUCGUCGAAUUUUAUAACAAACUUAAGAUAUGGUAGCUUCAGAGGUUUGACCAAUAUUAAAAUACUAGAUUUGUCUAUGAACAAGAUAACUUCUUUAGAUGUAACUGUUUUUCACGAAUGCAUUGGUCUCGAGAAGUUAGUAAUAGAUUAUAAUAUGAUUAAGAACAUUAAUGUAGACGGACUGAUGGAUACUGCAAGAAAUUUAUCAUCUUUAAGUCUUGGAGGUAAUCCAAUAGCGUGUGAAGAAAUUGUAAGAGGCGUUCAGCUGAAUGAAAAAAGGAAAAUUCAAAUCACAUCUAUAAAUCAACAUAUUUAUGAAGACAACGUUCACGGUAUAAAAUGUGGUAACACGAAUUAUUAUAGUUCUUCUACCGAAAUGACACUUAUCAAAAGUGUAGACAAAAACAUGUUUCCAGCAGGAGUAGGGAAUUCAACCACAACUAUUUUGUUGACAUGGUGUGCGGUUACAACAAUUUUGGUGCUUUUCGCUAUGUUUGGAUAUUUUUAUUAUAUCAAACGUCAUAUGAGUAUUCCAAUGAGAAGGGAUUAUUUUCGCAAUAAUUCAUUAAACAUAAGUUCUAUUGAUAAUCACACCGAUCUGUUAAGUUAGUGUAAGUAAUUUGAUUGUAUCAAAAUACAGGUAUCAAUGCUCAAAUUUCAAUAUUGUGUUCAUAGCAGGUACAACCUGGUUACCGUGUGAACCAGGUGUUUGGUAACCGAUUUUAGUUGAAACAACUACAGUUUGUUUACCUAUUAAAUAGUAAAUCAAACACAAAAAUGUUAUUGUUAUUGGCAAAACACUAUAGCAAAUAUUAGAGGCACCUUUGUCCCGGAUUCGAGUAAGUCGGGUCAAUUUAGAACAUGAACAAUAUAGGAAAUAUUGUCCCGUGUCUGGGUGUUGGGAUAAUAUGAGGGCUUUUAGACACUCCUUUUGAAAUGAAUGUAUAUGAUAUUCUCUUACAUUAUAUUGAUCUACAGUCAUAUAUUACAAUGUUAUGUUGUUCUUCUAAACAAUAUUGUUUUGAACAUAAGUAUAAUUUAAGUUAUUAGUCAUCAUUUAAUCUAAAUUAUAAAGUAUCAGUGAAAUAGUUACCAGAUUACCUGUAUAUUUGAAUAAAUAUUUCUUUUGCAUCUUGUUUUUGUCAUUAAUUAGCACUCGUACAUAAUUUAUGUUAAUAUUUACAAUAAAUUUUCAAAUUAAAUGUUAACUGACACAUAUAAUUAGUUUAUUUCGUUUGUGAACUCUACUCAGUAUUAGAAAUAUAAUUUAACAUAUUAGUUUUAUAAUUAACGUACAUAUAUAUUAGAUAAAUGAUGACACGUGUAUACAUUUUUUUUUUCAAAAAUUUAAUUAAGAUUAAAAAUUUAUACCUCUCGUGCCAAAUAGCCGUGAUGUUUCUUUUGUGACAUUUAAAAAAAUUACUUAAAUUUCCAAUUUUUGAUAAAAACAUGGAAUGCGUUGAGAGUUCGAUAGCUCAGUGGUUAGCUCGUAGAAGUUAAGCAACUUUCGCGAGAUCCAGUCAUAGGAUGGGUGACCAAAAAUGAUUAUCUCGAGCUCCUCCGUGAUUCGAAAGGUACGUUAAACUGUUCGUCCCGGCGUUGGACCCGCGUAGUGGGUCAUAUCUCAUUGUCCCUAUACGAUUGUAUCCAUAACGAAGCCCUUUGCGUCAGCAUAAAAUAAAAUAGGCUGAUUAUGAUGAUGCGUUUGAAGCAUUUAGCUCCUAAUUUUAUAUUUUUUGUUUUAUUUUUAUUAACCGACUUCAAAAUCGAAAAGGAGGACAUUGUGUUAUAGGUAGUAGGUAUAGUGUAGACCGAUUUUCAAAAUC